AUGGCGUCGGGUUACGACGACGCGAUGCUGGGCGAACCUGGUCAUGGCGACCAAUCCCGCGACCAUACCGGCUCCGACGUGCCUCCGCACCCCGAUUCAAGCUGGCAGAACGGUGGGCAACACCGGACGAGGACGCCUGACAGCAGCUAUCGCCCUAGGCCGCCCGCCUCUGCACCGGGCACUCCUAAUCCUCCUCCCCCCGGAUGGGCUGAGGAUCAGCCGCCCCGCAAAAUAGCAUCCAAGUUCUUCCCGGCCGACGACGAGAACGGCCAGGGACAGUAUCCCCUAUGCGAGACGGACUACUUCCGCCGGUUGGGCCUCCUCUGUUACCAGUGCGGGGGCGCCCUGCGUGGCUCAUACAUCACCGCCCUAGACCGAAAGUACCAUGUCGACCAUUUUACCUGCUCAUUAUGUUCGACGAUAUUCGGCGCCCAGGAUAGUUACUACGAGCACGAUGGGAAUGUUUACUGCCAUUAUCACUAUUCGACACAGUUUGCGCAGCGUUGCAAUGGCUGCCAGACAGCCAUCCUGAAGCAGUUUGUCGAGAUCUUUAGGAACGGCCAAAACCAGCAUUGGCACCCCGAGUGCUACAUGAUUCACAAGUUUUGGAAUGUGCGCCUGGCGCAGCCCACAGAUUCACCGCCCGCUCUCAAGAGUUCAGAUGAUCGUGCGGGCAGAGACCUCAUCCGCGAGGAGGAGGAGCGCAUGGAGGAGAAGGUCUUCCGAAUAUGGAGUGUACUCUCGACUUUUGAGGAAUCAUCGGCCGCUUGUAUAUCCGACAUGCUCCUCCACGUUAGCAACGGUGCCUAUGUUGAUGGAGUUUUGGUCGCGAAGCGCUUCAUAUGGCACGUCGAGAUCUUGUUCCAAUCGGCGGACCGACUCGACGCGACAAUGGUGGGCCUGAAUGAGAAAGGUAUGUCUUACGGCCGAGAAGCCAAGCUUUUAUGUAAGAAGAUUGUGUCCUUCUUCUCCUUGCUGUCAAAGACGCAAGACAGUGGUGGCCACAAGCUGGGUGUCACACAGGAACUGCUGUCCCUCGUCACUGGUCUCGCCCACUACCUCAAACUCCUCAUCCGAAUUUGCCUUCAAGGGGCGCUGCGCCUCGAGCGUGAAGCCAGCGCCUCCACCGGUCUCUACCAGUUCCUCGACGACCUGAGCGACCUAGACGCCGUCAAGAACGACAAUGGCCAGCUGCAAGUGAACGCGGACGGUUCGCGACUAUCAUCGCACGACUCGGACCACUGCACCCUCUGCCAUAGAUCUGUCGAGGACGAGUGUGCCAAGAACGCCGACAUGAGGUGGCAUCUGACCUGCGUCAAGUGUACAAGGUGUGGGCGUGAGCUCGGCCGUGCCUUGCAGGAAGCCCGUUUCAACGCCUUCGACCGCAAGAUUUACUGCACAAACUGUGUUGGCCCCAACGCCGAAUCCGCAAUGAAGUUUGAGCAUAUUUCCAAGCUGCAGCAAUACGUAUUCCUUCUCCGGGUUGCUCUGGCUCGCCUGCUGGAUAUUCUAAGAGCCAAUGGAACCCUUCCGCGCUCCGGCGAAGACCCCAACAGUAACGGUUAUGGCGCAGCUGGUGGCCAUGACAACGAUGCAAGGCCGCGUGCUGAUUCUCGGUCACGGGGUCCAGGUGAUAACAAGGACAGUCAUCGUGAGUCGUCUUAUGAGAACACUCUGAAUGAUGUACGCAGACUCCGAAGUACGCGAUUAGAUCGUCACUUGUCAUCUAGUGUGCGACAAGCCCGAACCUCUCGCGUAAUGGAUCCCGACGGUCGGGCACCACGCCCUGGCUCAGCUGGAGACGGUGGGCAAGGCCAUGGCCCCCAAGGUUCUACCGAUCUCAUGUUUGGGCAGAACGACGGCAUCACCCUCGAUGACAUUCCGAGGAUAGUAGCUGUUGAGCAGUCCCGAGAACAGCAGCAAAGGACUCCACAGCCCUUCUCUGAUCGCUCUCUUGACGCACCAGGCGGCUCAGGCCAUCAGCGAUCACAGUCGGCCGAUCGUGAGCGAGAAUUCCGUGGUGAUGGCUUCCCCGAGCGAAUCGGCCGCAAGUUCUUCUCGGAGCUUUCUGGCCUCGAAUACUUCAACGUCCGCCAUCUCGCCGUUCUCACCAUGCAACCCAUGAUUGAGCAAGAGUUCACACUGGAUGAGCUUCUGAGCUUCAUCGAGUCGCGUAAGCAAGCGACCUUCUGGAAGAAUCUUGGAAAGGCAUUCAAGAACGACAAGAACAAGAGUGUCAAGAAGAAGGGUGUGUUUGGUGUACCACUCGAAAUCAUCAUCGAGAGGGACGGUGCAGAGUCUACAGACGGCGUCGGACCCGGCACACUUCGCAUCCCAGCUGUUAUCGACGACAUUGUAUCUUCGAUGCGCAAGAUGGAUCUCUCAGUCGAGGGUGUGUUCCGAAAGAACGGCAACAUCAAGAAACAGCAAGGUCUGGUAGAGAAGAUCAACACCGAAGGAUGCGAUGUGGUAAACUUUAUGGAACAGCCCGUCAUCCAGCUCGCAGCUCUUCUCAAGCGUUACCUGCGAGAUCUGCCGGACCCCCUGAUGACACACAAACUGUACAGGCUAUGGAUCAGUGCAGCCAAGAUCUCAGACGCAGAGAAGAGGAAGCAGUGUCUACACCUCACAUGCUGCCUUCUCCCCAAGAGUCACCGAGACAGUCUCGAGAUUCUCUUCAGCUUCCUUAAGUGGGCAGGGUCCUUCCACCAGCUGGACGAGGAGGUUGGUUCCAAGAUGGACAUCAGAAACCUUGCGACUGUUAUUGCACCCAACAUCCUUACGAACCCAUCCAGAGCACCCGCCCUGGAUAGCGAGGCCAUUUAUGUUAUUGAUGCUGUAGAAAUGAUGAUUACGCAUAUCGAGGAGAUGUGCCAGGUUCCCGACGAGAUCCUUGGCCUCCUCAACGACCCCUACAUCUUCAGCAACAGCGGAGAGAUCACAACCAAGGAGAUUCUCAAGCGGUUCCAAGAUCGACGGGGGCAGAUCUCGAUCACUGAGGUCAACGAGGUCUACAACCGUCAAGACAACUCUACACGACCACCAGCCCGGCGAGUAGAGACGGACCCUGCCCUGUGGCAGGGCGAAGCCAGCGUCCGCCCCAUGCAAGACCCUCCUAUGCCCCAUGCCAACAACGGUCCAGGCACGCCUCCGACACGCUGGAGGGGUCGGAAUGAUCUAGCCAACCCUUCACCGUACGCUGCCAACCAGUUCAACCAGUCGGACAGCCAGCUCGAUAGCGCCGAGCACAGCAGGCGACGGGAAUGGCGCAACUCGGGUCUCGCCCGGCAAGGCAGCGGGCUUGGUGUGUCGGGCAACUCAUGA